CUCGUAUAGACGAAGAGGAAAUCCCAUCAUGGUUUGACCCAAACACUGAACAAAUGCCUCUGAACUGUCCUAACAUUGACAUCAACGUAACAUGAUGCUGUUCACUCAGAGGUGUUUUCUGCUCAGACACACUCCCGGUAAACUCCGGCUGAGAGCCGCCGGUGCAAGGUGCUGCUCCACGGUUCACGGUGAAGUGAGGGUCCGGUUUGCACCUAGUCCGACAGGUUUCUUGCACCUCGGAGGCCUUCGAACUGCUCUCUACAAUUACAUAUUUGCCAAGAAGUAUGGAGGCUCGUUCGUCCUGCGACUGGAGGACACUGAUCAGAGCAGGCUGGUACCAGGAGCUGCAGAGUCCAUAGAGGACAUGCUGGAGUGGGCCGGUGUACCUCCAGAUGAGAGUCCUCGUCGAGGUGGGCCGGUGGGUCCGUACCUGCAGUCUCAGAGACUAGACCUCUACGGUCAGACAGCCCAGCAGCUUGUCGAGAGCAAUCACGCCUACUACUGUUUCUGCAGCACUCAGAGACUUAACCUGCUCAAGAAAGAGGCCUUAAGGAUGGGACAGACGCCUAGGUACGACAACAGGUGUCGUCACCUUCAGCCUAAGCAGGUGCAGGAAAAACUGGCGCAAGAAGUCCCGCGUGUGAUCAGGUUUCGCCUGGAAGAAGGUGUCGAGCCUUUUCAGGAUCUGAUCUUUGGAUGGAGUCAUCACGAGGUGGCCAAGCCUCGCUAACAUAGUGGAUGAUCAUUACAUGAGGAUCAGCCAUGUGCUGCGGGGGUCCGAGUGGCUCAUCUCCACCUCCAAACAUCUCCUCAUGUACCGCGCUCUUGGAUGGCAGCCGCCCACCUUCGGACAUCUGCCGCUCCUGAUGAACAAAGACGGCGGCAAACUGUCCAAAAGGCAGGGGGACAUAUUCAUUGAACGCUUCCAGAGAGACGGCGUCCUGCCGGAGGCUCUGCUGGAUAUCACAACCAACUGUGGAUCUGGAUUCAGCAGCAAUCGAAUUGGGCGGAGGCUAGAUGAACUGAUCUCUGAGUUUAAUCCUUCAAAGAUUACAACACAUUCUGCUCUGUUAGACCUGGAAAAACUACCAGAGUUCAACAGAAUUCACCUGCAACACCGUAUUAAAGAUGAGGAGCAGUGCCAGAUGCUGAUAAAAGAUCUGCAGGGACAGAUCCAGCAGGCCUAUACAGCAGAGAUCCAGGAUGAGGAAGUACUACACAAGGAUUAUAUCAGGCGGGUGCUACAUCUUCGUAAGGGUCACAUAUGCUCCCUUAAAGAGCUUGUGAGUCCUACUUUCUCUUACCUGUGGGUGCGUCCUUCCAUCUCCAGCCAGCAGGUGGCAGCGAUCACUGCAGAUGCCGAGCACAUUGCUUCAUUAGUGCUGAAAUUGGUGGCUGAGCGAGGUGAGGACCUGGCAGUGGAUCGACUCAGUGAAGAUCUGAAGGCUCUGGCUAAGCAGACUAAAGCCACUAAAUACAGAGAAGUGAUGAAGCUGUUACGUCUGGCUCUCAGCGGUCUGCAGCAAGGUCCCAGUGUAGCUGAGCUGAUGGUGUGUUUGGGGCCAGUGGAGAUCAGGCAUCGAUUGCAGAAACUUGUGCUGCUUUCAGAGACCAGUUAAAGACUGCACUGUCACCGCACAGGCUGCUGGGAACCCGAUGCAGACAAGAGCUGCUACAUGGGACACAUUUUGAAAUGAACUGCACGGCGCUCACAUAACUUAAACAAUACUUGAAUUACUACAAAUAUUUUAUAAAAAAGAGAGAUUUUACUCAUAUGGUC